AUGGGUGCGCAGCUGACGUGGCUGGAGUCCCAGGUGAAGGAGCAGGAGAGUGCCACACAGAGGAAGGUCGCCUCGGUGCAGGACCUGCGGGCAAAGGUCGCCAAGGGCGCCGCCUCAGCCGACGAGCUGCGUGAGGAGGAAGCUGCCCUCGGGGAGAUGAGCAGCCGCCUGCAGUCCCUCCAGUCCAGCUACAGCUCCCUCUGGUCCCAAGCCUCGGGGGUACUAAAGAGCGUCGCCGCCGCCGCGUCGCCGUCGGCGGCGCCCGGCGGAAGCCCGGCCGGGACGGGCGGCGCGGGGGCGGGGACGGGGACGGGGACGGGCGGGACGGGGACGGGCACGGGCGUGGUGGAGUCUGCGGGGCAGGCGGUUUAUGCGGGGUUGAAGUUCAGCGGGCUGGCGAUGCGGAUAACCUCGGACAUAUUCUCGUCGGUCAAGGGCGACGCGGAGCGGAUCCUCAAGGACAUUGAGACCGAGGCCGGCGCGCGCCGCGCCCGCAAGGCCGCCGACGCCUCCUUCCUCGAGAUGCUGCGCGGCGCCGCCCCCGCGGUCUCCCACAGCAGCAGCUGGGAGGAAGCCGAGCGGCAGCUGGCCGGGGACCCGCGGUGGGGGGCGGUGGAGGAGGAGGGGCGGCGGCGGGAGCUGUUUGACGCUUACCUGGCAGCUGCUGCCCAGGUCGAGGCGCAGAGGGUGGCGCGGGGACAGGAGGCGCUGGUGGGAUUGCUGAAGCGCCUCAACCCCGAGUCUGGGACGCCCUGGUCAGAGGUGGGCCGCCGCCGCCUCCGCCUGCGCCGCCCUCGGCCCGCCUCCCCCGGCCCCCGCGCCCUGCCGGGCGCCCGCCGGGCCCGCCGCGCGUGGGCGCCCGAGGAUCGCUCUUCAAUCGGCCCGAUCGUGGAGGCUGAGCCGGCGUGCGCCGCUCUGAGUGAGGGGGAGCAGGUUGCUGUGUAUGAAGAGUUCAUGCGCAAG